CACAAGAGAAAGGGACUCCAGGCAACUUGAAUGCGUUAGGGGCAAUCGCAAGACAUGGAUUAAAUCUGAAACCUUUGGCUGGUAACAAGCUUGCUGGUAGCUUCUUCUCGCACAAGCUCUUCGAGAACAAAUCCCUGGCAUCGUCGCUACUGGACGACGACGACACCGAUCAGCUGGAAAUCUAAUGGGAGGGAUUCGCUACCAAUCCACAACGGCGCAUCGAAGGGAUUGGCACUAUUUUAUAUAGAUGUCUCAGUAGGAAAAAUGUAGAGGGUUCCGUCUCAUCUUCGGCUCCAUUCCGUUUCUUGAUUGUCAUCUUGAAGCUAAGGUAGAGUUUACCUCUUCUUGUUUCCACCAGACCGAGAUCUCGAACGGUUUCCUCUCCUGGAUCUGCUUCUGGAUCGAGACCUUGAGGAGGAGGAGUACGAGGAACGAGAAGAGCGAGAGGAGGAGCGAGAUCGCCU